AUGAAACUCCCUUCAAUCUUUAAGAACCAAAAAACCAAUUUUGUUUCAUGGAAAUGGCUACCGUUUAGUAUUGGGACAUUUCCAUUCCAAUCUAAGGUGAAUGCUUUAAAAAAUUUCUACUUUGCUUUACGUGAUGCAGCUAAGUUCAUGACAAUGCUGAAUUCCUCAUGGUCACAAUCAAAGACUAUCUCCUUGACGCCCAAGGAAUCUAAAGAGGACUCGCUGGAGAUUGCUGUUAAUAAGGCAGUGAGAUCAGAGAGGUUGUUCUUCGAGCCAGGUAACACGAGUUCCAUACUAGAUGAUCAUAACGAUGAAGCUAACAAAUUCCCAUUCCCUGAAUUUGUAGCACUAGCUAUGGAAUCUGAAGAUCCUUAUGAGGAUUUUCGCAGUUCGAUGGAGGAAACUGUUGAGACUUGUGGAUUAAAGAAUUGGGAGGAUGUGGAGGAGUUAUUGGCAUGGUAUUUGAGAAUGAAUAGGAAGCAGCAUCACUGCUUUAUAGUUGAGGCCUUCGUUGAUCUAUUUGCUGCUGCCCCGUCGUCUUCUUUUUCUUGCCCUGUUUCUCACAGCGACUCUGCUUCUUCUUCAAAAUCAAAAGAUUUGUGGAUGGUUGAAGCUAAGAGGUCACAGCCAGCUAUGGAAAAGGGGAAAAGUCCAAAGAAUUGCUAA